AUGGCUCCUCUCUCUUCUUCGCAAACUCUUGAGAUCCCGCUGCCCUCGUCCUCGUCCACAGUCGACCUGUACGUCAUCGAUACCGGAGCGCGGUUAUGGGGUUUGCCGGGCUCGUCCAUGAUGGACCCUGUGCUUCCGGGCUUCGAGAAAGGAGAGGAUGUCAAAGUGCCCUCGUACGCAUUCUUGAUCCACCACAGACAACCCAACAUCCGCCUGCUGUUCGACCUGAGCCUGCGCGCGAACUGGGAGUCUGCUUUCCCGCCCGCGUUCGUGCAGGGGGUGCAGAGAAUGGGGCUGAAAACCCAGGCCGGACGAGACGUCGCUGACGUGUUGUUGGCGCACGGCGUGGAUCUUGCCGACAUUGAUGCUAUUAUUUUGAGCCAUCAUCACUUCGAUCAUACGGGAGACGUGGGCAGAUUCCCAACCUCGACCGAAGUCUUGGUUGGUCCCGGCUAUCGGAAGGCUUUCUUGCCGGGCUGGCCGGCGAAUCGCAGACAGUUUGAGACAACAUCCGACCUGUACGAGGGUCGUCGGACGAUUGAGCUGGACUUUGCGCACGACAACCCAAAGGUCUCAACGAUUGGAGGCUUCCUUGCUCAUGAUUACUUCUCCGACGGGAGUCUCUACAUCCUCUCCACCCCUGGUCAUACAGUCGGCCAUCUCUCGGCGCUGGCACGCACGACGACCUCCAAGAACGGCGGCGCGUCGACAUUCAUAUUCCUGGGCGGUGAUAUCGCCCACUCACACGCUGUGUUCAGGCCCAGCGCAAAACACCCGCUUCCAGCCCUGAUUCCCGCGCCAAAUGGUCGACCCUUCACAUCUAAUGCCUGCCACCGCAGUGAACGCAUCGCCCAGAUGCACCGCCUCUAUUCCGAGCCAGAGGGCCAGGCGCUGUCCCGAACGACGCCGUUCAGCAAAGUUGCCGGCCCGGAGCACGAUCUCGCCGAGUCGCAGCGUAGUGCAGACAAGCUGGCGAGCUUUGACGGCGCGCAGAACAUCUUGACCAUCCUGGCGCACGAUGCGAGCCUGCUGGAUGUGCUCGAGUUCUUCCCCAGGAAGGCCAACGGCUGGAAGGAGAAGGGGUGGAAGAGGGAAGGGCAUUGGCGAUGGCUGGCGCCGUGUCUGCAAGGCCAUGCGUCAUCGAAACUGUGA